UCAAGAGUCUAUGGCCUCCGGCAGGAGAUCAGGAAAGAAGUGGGGACUUAAUAUUAACCGGCUUCAGAACUGUUUGGAAAGCCAGUAAGUCCCUGAAGAUUUGUUUAUUGAGACUGGGAAGAAGUCCUGGUCAGCCCUGACCAGCCUUGCUUGGGGGAACAUGGACAUCAGAGAAUACUUUGCAAGGAUUGGCUAUAAUCAUUCCAGGGAGAAGAUGGAUUUGGAGACUUUAACUGAAGUGAUGCAGCAUCAUGUCCUGGCUGUGCCUUUUGAGAACUUGGACAUUCACUGUGGAAUACCCAUAAAACUGAGUUUAGAGGCUGUGUACGACAAGAUUGUGAGGAAGAAGAGGGGGGGAUGGUGUCUGGAAGUCAAUCACCUUCUCUUUUGGGUCUUAACUACAAUGGGGUAUGAGACUACAAUUUUAGGGGGGUAUGUUUACAGUAACAUAAAGAAGCAGUAUAGUAGUACUAUGAUUCACCUGCUUCUAAAGGUCACAAUAGGUGAGAGAAGCUAUAUAGUGGAUGGUGCAUUUGGCCGUUCUUACCAAAUAUGGCAGCCGAUGGAAUUGGUCUCUGGAAAGGAUCAACUUCAGACUCCUUGCAUUUUCCGUUUGAAAGAAGACAAUGGGAUCUGGUACUUGGACCAAAUAAGACGGAAACAAUUUAUUCCAAACUCAGAAUUUCAUAACUCUGAUCUCUUGGAAAAAAGUGAAUUCCGUCAUAUCUACUCUUUUACUCUCCAGCCACGAACAAUAGAAGAAUUUGAGUCUGUAAAUAUUUACCUUCAGACUUCUCCUGAGUCUGUGUUUACAAGCAAGUCUUUUUGUUCUCUGCAGACAGUAGAAGGAGUUCACUGUUUAGUUGGCUGGACUCUUACUCACAGAAUAUUCAAUUAUAAGGAAAACACAGAUUUGGUGGAGUUUAAAAUUCUGAAGGAUGAAGAGGUUGACAAGGUCCUUAAGGACAUAUUCAAUAUUUCUCUCGAGAGAAAGCUUGUGCCAAAGCAUGGUGACAGAUUUUUUACCAUUUAGUAAGGAAAAAUCUAUGGAAUAAUAAUUGGGGUAGAAAACAGAUGCACCAUGACGAGCAAGUUUUCGAAACAUUUUUAUUAAUAAAUGUUGCAUAUUUUAUUUUGAGGUAAAAAAUACAAGUUUCUACCUUGAUUUGCAUGCAAAAAUUCCCCAAAACAUUUAAACAAAACUCCCCAUUAAGAGUGGAAUUGAGAUUUCAGAAAGCUCAUCAUCAAAAACAUUGAAAACAUAUUUAGUGGCUGGAAUGUCAGUCUUUAAUGAUUAAUUCUUGAAAUUUAGAUGGGCAGGAGAAUCACGUAAUUUUGGAGUCAGAAGGAACCUCAUUGACCAUCUUCCCUAACUUAUAUAUGAAAAGAAUCACUCUUCUAACAAAUCUGACACUAGUUCAGUCUCUGCUUGAAUACUUACGAGGACUGGGUAACUACUCUUGAAAUAGCUCAUUCCACUUUUCGAUAAAUUGAAUUGUGAGGAAGUUCUGUUCACCCUGAUAUCAAGCUUAAAUUUUCUUCUUUCCCCACCUCAACCCAUUACUCUUGGGAGCUGCCUUCUGGGACCAAAUAGAACAAGUUGACAUGCCAGGCUUUCAAAUACUUGAAGGCAGCUUUCAUGUCCCCAAAACUCCCUUCUCCAAGGAAACAUGCCCACUUCCUUCAGCUGACCCUUAUGAACAAACUUGCCAUUUUCUGGGACCUCUUUAAUUUAUCAUUGUCCUUCAUAAAUCAUGAUGCCUGGAGUUGAACACAGUAUUCCAGAUAAAGUUUGAUGAGAGGAAAGUACAAUGGGACUAUCCCUUUUCUUCUUGGAUGCUCUUCCCUUCUUAAUGCAGUGCAACAUGCAUUAGAUUUUUUGGCUGCCACACAUAUCACAUUGCUGUCCCAUAUUGACCUUGCAGUUCAUGGAGAUCCCCAAGUCUUUCUUCUCCCCCCAGAACUAUUCUAUCCUUACUUCUUCCAUCUUAUGUUUGUGAAAUUACAUAAGUUAUGUAUUAGUUACACAGUAAAACUAAUUAUAUAAUUUUAUACUAUAGUAUAUGUUCAGUCUAUGCUAAUUAUAAAUGGAGUUUAUAAUAAACUGAAGUCAGUGCUGCUUUAGUGAACUAUAUAAUUAGAGUUGUAGUAGACCUGUGAGGCAAUAUGGUUUAGUGGGCAGAAUGAACCAUGGGAGCCAGGAAGAUCCAGAUUCAAGGCCUGCUUCUGAUAUAUAUAAACUAGGCCAUCAAGAUGAUGGACAGAAGUG